UGCUUGGAGUCCUGCGAGGCAGAGUUGGCAUUCUAUAUUCACUCAGCGUCUGCAUCGUACUUCCUUUCUCUCUGUGGCUUCGACAAACGAGCUUCGUUGUUUGUUUGUUUUUAUAUUAGAAUCAUAUUUUCAUCGCGUUCUUCGUUCAAGGAUAUUAUUUAAAUUUUUACACUCCCUUGGAGGACCACUCGUUUGAAGUUGCAUAAUUACUGGAUAGUUCUUUGAAUAAUAUAACUAUUAAAGGGAACCAUGAAGCCUGUGCGUGUUUGGGGAAACGGCUGCUAUGAUGUUUUUCACUUUGGUCAUGCCAAUUUCAUCCGGCAAGCGAAAAUCAUGGGUGACUAUAUGAUUGCUGGCGUUCACGGCGAUGCUGACAUCACAAAGAACAAAGGCAAGCCUGUCAUGGAUCAAGUGGAGCGCGCACGAAUGAUCUCUGCUGUGAGGUGGGUUGAUGAAGUCCAAGAGAAUAUUCCUUACGGCAACGUGCUCCAGACCCUCGAUGAUUACAACUGCGAUUUCUGUGUACACGGAGAUGAUAUCGCGCGGGACGCGAAUGGCAACGACAUCUACCAGGAUUGCAAGGAGAGGAAUCGAUUCCGAGAAUGCAAACGGACCGAGGGAAUUUCCACGACCGACCUGAUAGAUCGUAUUCUCCUGGGAACCGACAUGAACUUCUUCGGGCCUGAGUUUUCGAGAAAGGGCAGCAAAAAGAAAUCCAACAUUAUGCCCCAAGAGUAUUACGAACAGAAAAUUAAAGAAUUUACUCCUGAAAAUUCGCGCCCCAAAGAAGGCGAUACGAUUCUUUAUACACAAGGAGUUUUUGAUCUGCUGCACUCUGGGCAAGUUGGUUACUUGGAAAAGUGCAAGAAAUCUGAAGAGAAUGGCUUCCUUAUCGUUGGUGUUCUAAGCGACGAGGAAGUAAAGCGUGUUUACGGCACAUAUCCAAUAACGAAUGCUCAUGAAAGGGCUCUGGCUUUACUGUCGAUUCGUUACGUAGACCAAGUCAUUAUAGGAGUGGCUUUCGAUGUCACUGAAGAUAUUAUUUCAAAGCACAAGGUCGACUAUGUUUGCCAUGGCAAGGUUUGGGACUGUCCUAAUGAUCCGUACGCGGUCCCUAAAGAGAAGAAUAUUUACCGCACCGUGGACAGCGGCAGUGAGCUAACAACUGAGAUGAUUAUUCAGAGAAUAGUUAGUCAUGCAGGAAUGUACUACGUUCGAAACACCAAGAAAUCAGAAAGUCAAUUCUCCGGCAUGAAUCCGAACAUUCAACUGCAAAACACCGCAAAUUGACGAAAAUUGAUCUUAGUCUAAUUCAAUAUAGCCUUUAAUAAAAGCACGAACUAGAGUUGCCGAGCAAACGGCAUUACAAGAAGCUGCAUGUGCUGUCAAAUUGAAAUAUGCAUGUUGAAGUAUUUCAUCUCCUUAAACAACAAUUAUACCUCUUAUACGACGGAGUGAUUUUGUUUAAGAAUUCUUUUUUCUUAAGUUUGUGUCGUGCUUCUACGCAAACAACUCUCUCGUCAACUCUCGUGCAAUCAAGCAAUUAGUCUUUAUAUAACCAUUGAUAUUAAUAUUUCACAUAAUUUAUUCAAAUACUAGUUUCUAUAGAUUUAUAUCCUUUAAAAUAUUGCACCUACACCCAGGUACCUUAUAUGAAAAUUCUUGUAAAUUAAAUUUAUGUAUCUUCUGAUAUGAAAACGCGAGUUUUAUCAAAGCGAAUGAACUACAUAUAGUAUGUAGCUAUACAAUACCAGUGGGUUUUUUUGUGAUGUAAACAACAUGUCUUCACAUUUAAAAUAUCCUGUCCUG